AUUGAUAGUUUACUCUAUUGCAAAAACGCCCAAACCUAAAAUCUCUGAAAAGAAGGAUCGUCUCUCUCCUCCCUGCUCCCUCCCUCUCCCCGACUUCGGGCCUUCGGCGCCUGCUCUUCUUCACUUACACGGGGACGCCGUCAUUGCCACGGCCGAACCGCCUAGAUAAGAGAAUUUCUCUCCGCCCUCGCUGCCACGGCCGAACUACCACCAUAGCAGCACCGACGCCAUCGCCACUCCAGCAGCUGCCGCUAUCGCCGGCGCAAGAGGAUUCGCGAGAGAACCACAGCACGAGAGACAUUUAUAGUCCUACCUCAUUCCCGAGCUGACAAAAUGGAGCAAGAAGAAUCCCAGCUGGACCAGAACUUCCCGCUCUUUUUCAAACCCAGCCUCAAAAAACCUAGGCCCCUGCCCUCAUCCACCCAUACCUUGGAUGCAACAGCGAGAAAGGAGAUAGAGAAGGUCAAAGACGUGAACUUGAGCAACAAUUCUUCCACCAAAGCCACAUUUGGGGAUCUGGGCCUUGCUGAAUGGGCCGCGCAAACCUGCAAGGAGCUGGGAAUGAGCCAACCUACUCCUGUACAGUCCCACUGCAUCCCCAAGAUACUAGCUGGUCGCGACGUCUUAGGCUUGGCCCAAACAGGCUCUGGUAAAACUGCCGCAUUUGCUCUGCCCAUUCUCCAUCGCUUGGCUGAGGACCCUUAUGGUGUGUUUGCCCUUGUUAUCACCCCCACCAGGGAAUUGGCAUAUCAACUGGCAGAGCAGUUCAGGGCCCUGGGAUCAAGUUUGCAUCUAAGAUGCACCGUGGUCGUUGGAGGAAUGGAUAUGCUGAACCAGGCCCAGACUUUGAUGUUGAGGCCUCAUGUUGUCAUCUCGACACCUGGCCGAAUCAAGGUCCUCCUGGAAGACAAUCCUGAUAUCCCGCCUGUUUUCUCCAAUACAAAGUUCCUUGUUUUGGAUGAAGCGGAUCGAGUUUUAGAUGUUGGCUUCGAAGAGGAACUUAGGGUAGUCUUUCAGUGCUUGCCAAAGAAAAGGCAGACCUUACUAUUCUCCGCAACAAUGACAAGUGAGCUGCAGACAUUGCUCGAGCUUUCCCAGAAUAAAGCAUACUUCUAUGAGGCUUAUGAAGGUUUCAGGACUGUUGAUACUCUUAAGCAACAGUAUGUUUUCAUCCCUCAGAAUGUCAAGGAAGUGUAUUUGUUUCAUUUAUUAUCCAAGAUGGGAGAAAUGGGUAUUCGCUCUGCCAUCAUAUUCGUCUCUACAUGCAGAACUUGCCACCUUUUAAGUUCAUUACUUGAAGAGCUUGAUCAAGAGGCUGCUGCAUUGCAUUCUUUUAAAUCCCAAAGUUUGAGGCUUGCAGCACUUCAUCGGUUCAAAUCUGGCCAAGCUCCCAUAUUGCUGGCCACAGAUGUUGGAAGUCGUGGUCUGGACAUUCCUACAGUUGAUCUCGUGAUCAACUAUGACAUUCCAAGGUAUCCAAGAGAUUAUGUUCAUCGUGUGGGCCGUACAGCAAGAGCAGGCAGAGGGGGUCUGGCGAUUAGCUUCAUAACACAGGGUGACAUUGAGUUAAUUCAUGAAAUAGAAGCUGAUAUUGGGAAACAACUUGAAAAGUUCGAAUGUAAAGAGAAUGAGGUCCUUUCAGAGAUUACGAAGGUUUACAAGGCCAAACGGGUGGCAACGACGAAGAUGAUGGAUGAUGGAUUUGAGGAAAGAGUAAAGGAACGGAAAAAGAAGAAGCUCAAGACUCUACGCAAGAAAGGUGUGUUGAAGCAAAGAAGUAGGAAGAGAAAAACAAGCGAAGAAGCAACUGAUUAACAGAGGGUCUUCUCAAGCUGCAUUUACUUCAUUGGGCAGCUUACGGUUGUAGCAUGUUGAGGCAGCAGUGUACUUAUUCACUUAGGUGUAGGGAGCUGCAUUUUUUUGGGCAGCUCGUUUAAAAUGGUUGGCCAUCCGUACUUAUUGCUUCAGUAUAGGGUGUUCAUGUCGGAAAAUCCUUUUACUUGUUGCGUGGUUUGUAACGAAAAGUGCACGGCGCUGAGCAACUUGUGGUAUUAUUUUGCCAAUGCAGACUUCCAAAUUUCAGCCUAGAGUUUA